GUGUUUGAUUGCCUCAGGAAACCCCAAUUGCACGUGCAAAUCAUGAUGUAUCAGUCUGGAGCAUUAAAUUUGUCGCAUUCAGCCAGAAGAAGUACAAGGCAUAACAUCAAAUGGACAGACUACCCUCCACGAUGAAUGAACCUGCAAGAGAGUACUUUUGGGGAAUAACAUUAGACAAAGAAAAUCCCACAUUUACGUGGACGUUUGAAGAAGAGGAAGAAGAUACAGAUUAUUUAGUUCACACCUUAUUUCUUAAGCAGGCAGUUUUAGGAGCAUCUGCAGUAAAAGAUGAAAGAAAUCUUGUACAAAUAGAAACAAAGAAUUUUGAUCAAAAAGAAUUGAAACAACCACUAUUAUCAUUAACGCUGGGUAAAAAUGAUAUGACAAGUUUAGAUGUGAGUUUUGGUCAUGAAGUUGCUGUAGUGUUUCGACUUGUGGAGGGUAGUGGACCAGUCUGUUUAUCAGCUCAACAGUUAGUAGAAUAUCCAGAUGAUAGAAAUGUUUCACAAGACGAAUCAGAAUUAGAAUGUUCAGAAGUGGAGGAGGACGAGGAAGAGGAAGAAGAAUCUCCAAAGAAAGUCGAAAUCACGAAAAAGAGAAAAGCAUCGUCACAAAAAUCUGGCAAAAACAAGAAAAAAGGGAAGAUGGAAGUGAGCCAAGAUGAUUCUGAUGAUGAGGAUGAGGAUGAAGAAGAUAUGGACGAAGAAGAUGAGGAUGAAAGUAUGGACGAUGAGGAAGAUGAAGAGGAAAUGAGUAGUCCAGAAAAAAGUGAUAAAAAGAAAGGGAAAAAAGAAGCCAAGAAAGAUGAUGGGAAGGCAAAGAAAGGUGGAAAGAUGGCCAAGGUCUCUCCAAAGAAAGAUGCCAAUUCCAAGAAAGCAAAGAAAACAGCUAAAGCCAAGUAGAUAGUAUUACAUCUGAUUAUAGACUUAAUAGUGAAAGUGCUAAUAUUUUCUACAUUUUGUUUUGAUUAAUAAAUUUUUCUGAAAAUUU